AUGACCAGCCCCCUUCGUGCGUAUUUCCUCGGCACGGGCACAUCCACGGCUCUCCCAGUCGGCCCAUGCCUCGCACAAGUCGACAAGCCAAGCCGUGAUGUCGGUCUCUUUCUCGACACGUACAACGCCGCGCCAGAGGACCAGCGCCAGCCAGACAGGUGGGGCGGCUACGACCCCAAGGGCGAAUGGCCAGCAAGUGUCGCUUGUGGAUCGUGCCGCGCGUCCGUCAGCCCCAGCGUAGAGGAAGGCUGGAAGAACCGCCGCGGCAACCCGGCCAUGGUGCUCCGAAAGCAAAACGCCAACGGCGAGUGGCGCAAUGUUGUUGUGGACGUCGGCAAGACAUUCCGCGAACAGAGCUGUCGCUAUUUCCCCCGUUGGGGCAUCAAGCACAUUGACGCAGUGCUUAUCACCCACGGCCACGCCGACGCGUACAAUGGCCUCGACGACUUGCGCGAGUGGUGUGUCCGUCAAGGCCGCCCCAUGCCCAUCUACCUCACCCAGGCGACUUUUGACACGGUCGCGGCGUCUUUCCCGUACCUUGUCGAUAAGACCAAGGCCAGCGGAGGCGGCGACCUGCCGACACUCCAGUUUAACGUGAUCGAAGAUGAGGACGAGUUUGAAGUGGAGGGUAUCAAGGUCACAACUUUGCCAGUCGUUCACGGCCGUUACUUUCACGCCCCCGAGCCGGCCAAGCCCACCGAGCCGCCUGCACCGAGCGCACCUGGCUCGCCCCAGCGCGUCGAGUCGCCUGCCCCCACGGCCCCUCAGCCAUUCAUCUGCCUGGGCUACAUCUUUGACAACAGCCUCGUCUACCUGUCCGACCUGUCGUCUGUUCCCGAGCCAAUGUAUGCCCGUAUCGAAAAGACGCUCGCCAAGCGCUCCGCUCCCCCUGUCCUCGUCGCCGACACGCUGUGGCCAUGGCGUCCCCACGCAUCGCACAUUUCCUUCCCGCAGGCAAUGGACAUUGCGCUGCGCCUCAACCCGCGGCCGGCCCACACCUACCUCGUGGGCAUGACGCACCCCGUCACGCACUGGACGUGGCUGGAGCUUGGCCGGCACAUCCGCGGCGAGUCGGGCAAGGAGCCCACUCACCCGGACCAGCACUUGAGCCAGGCGCUCAUUGAGAAGGUGUGGGAGUCAGAGGACAUGGUCAAGAUUGCCCCCGAGCUGGCCAAGUGGGGAGGCCUCGUCGAGCCUGCUUGGGAUGGCCUGGGACUGGAGAUUACCGACGACGGAUGCACGGAGCUGCCAUUCGGCGCCGCCGGCGGUUCGGCCGGUGGAUGGGGCUUCUGA